UAAAUGAGCUGUCAGGAACUAUCUGAAGGUAUAAAAGCCAAAAAAAAAUCCAAGGAUGAGUGUGAAGAGAGCAGCACACGUACAGUCGCGGGACACAGAGUGGACACGACGGAGCCAAGCGAGACCACCCCCCGCCAAAAUCCAGAUGGAAAGCCGAGUGUUCCUCACUGCACUGGCCUUGCUGGUGGCAUGGACAAGAUUGGGCGCAGGUCUCGAGGAGGGUGUGGAGUCCAAAGAAAGCUACCCACUGGACUCGGAGGGCAAUGUGGCAGACCUGCUGCAACCCGAAGAUCACAGCUGGCAAGGAGAUGAGCGACUGUUGAAUGCCAUCCUGCGAUCACUGGCUCACGCGACCCAGCGCUACAGCCGAAGUCCUUCUUUUUUAUUUCAGCCGCAAAGGUUUGGUCGCGAGGCUCGAGGAGCAGUCGGUGAUGAGACGAGAAUACAGUCGCGAGGCUGGGAAGUCAUGCCCCCGCAGUUCUGGAGUUUGGCAGUACCUCAACGUUUUGGCAGGAAAAAAUAAAGAAGAUGAUGGUGACAGAGGCACUCAACUCUAUGGGGACUUGGUGAGAUCAAAGCACAGCUUGGCAUUGCAGUCAGUGCCCAAUAAAAUGCCAAGACUGCACUCUGUAUUCAUUAUUUUAUGCAUUGGCUGUAAGUGACCUGAUUAAACUGCAUUGGUAAUAAAUA